GCUCUAUUGUGUUAUGAAGUACUGCUUGGUUAUACCACAAUAUAGAUAUUUCAAUAGAUUGUACAGUUUUAUUUUGUUCUAGAUUGCCAAAAGUUGAUCAAGGCACGUUUAUUUCAACAACGAUUAUAUGAGGUGCAAUGUGAUCUCUUGUCUGAUAAGUUUAACGCUGGUGCUUGAUCAUGUGGUGAGAACUGAGGACACAGCAGGAGAUGUCAAUGUGGAAGGGCAGCAAGAGUUUAGUUUGGUAGAUUCGAAUGGCAAUGCCGUUGGUGCUGGGAUUCUUGGCUUGCUGAUGAAUAAUGGUGGAACAGUUUGUGACGAUGAUGUUAGUACUAACUCGGCAGAUGCUAUUUGUCGUAAAAUGGGAUACCUCGGGCAUACUGAAUGGACUAGUGGUGACAAGUGGACCAUCCAAUCAAGUCUUGAAAUCACGCUGGAUGAUGUUUUAUGCAGCAGUGGGGAAUGGAGUUCAUGUUCAUUCUCUACUACACACAACUGUGGUCACAGCGAAGAUGUGUUCCUUCAAUGUGACGGAAUAGUCGACGGAGGAUAUAGUGACUUUGGAGAGUGGUCUGAAUGUUCAGCUCUUUGUGAAGGAGGCACUCAAACCAGAACAAGAACUUGUACUCAGCCUUCUCCAGCCCAUGGAGGUGCAGAUUGUGUUGGGGAAGCGUCGGAGACUCAAACUUGCAACGAGGACGAUUGUCCAGAGUUUAGUCUGAUAGAUUCUAAUAGCAAUGUCGUUGGUGUUACUGCUAAAAUUCUUGGCUUAUUGAUGAACAAUGGAGGAACAGUUUGUGACGAUGGUUUCGACUCUAACACGGCAGAUGCUAUUUGUCGUAAAAUGGGAUACCUCGGGCAUACUGAAUGGACUAGUGGUGAUAAGUGGACCAUCCAAUCAAGUCUUGAAAUCACGCUGGAUGAUUUUCAAUGCAGCAGUGGGGAAUGGAGUUCAUGUUCAUUCUCUACUACACACAACUGUGGUCACAGCGAAGAUGUGUUCCUUCAAUGUGACGGAAUAGAGUUUAGUCUGAUAAAUUCUAUUGGAAAAGCUGUGGGUGCUCGAACAUUCGGCUUAUUGAUGAAUAAUGGAGGAACAGUUUGUGACGAUGCAUUCAGCACUAACUCGGCAGAUGCUAUUUGUCGUAAAAUGGGAUACCUCGGAGGUUUUAAAUGGACUAGUGGUGAGAAGUGGCCCAUACAAGCAAGUUUUGAAAUCACGUUAGAUGAUGUCUUAUGCAGCAAUGGGGAGUGGAGUUCUUGUUCAUUUAAAUCUACAAGCGAUUGUUUUCACAGCGAAGAUGUGUUCCUUCAAUGUGAUGGGAUAGUCGACGGAGGAUAUAGUGAUUUUGGAGAGUGGUCUGAAUGUUCAGCUCUCUGUGAAGGAGGCACUCAAACCAGAACAAGAACUUGUACUCAGCCUGCUCCAGCCAAUGGAGGUGCAGAUUGUGUUGGGGAAGCGUCUGAGAGUAAAACUUGCAACGAGGACGACUGUCCAGAGUUUAGUCUGGUAGAUUCGAAUGGCAAUGCCGUUGGUACUGGGAUUCUUGGCUUGCUGAUGAAUAAUGGUGGAACAGUUUGCAACGAUUAUUUCAAUACUAACUCGGCAGAUGCUGUUUGUCGUAAAAUAGGAUACCCUGGACAUUUACAAUGGACUAGUAGUGAUAAGUGGAGCAUCCAAUCAACACUUCAAAUCACGCUGGAUGAUGUUAAAUGUAGUAGUGGGGAAUGGAGUUCAUGUUCAUUCUCUACUACACACAAUUGUGCUCACAGCGAAGAUGUGUUUCUUCAAUGUGAUGGAAUAGUCGACGGAGGUUAUAGUGAUUUUGGAGAGUGGUCUGUAUGUUCAGCUCUUUGUGAAGGAGGCACUCAAACCAGAACAAGAACUUGUACUCAGCCUGCUCCAGCCCAUGGAGGUGCAGAUUGUGUUGGGGAAGCGUCUGAGAGUAAAACUUGCAACGAGGACGAGACUUGUCCAGAAUUUAGUCUGGUAGAUUUAAAUGGCAAUGCUGUCGGUGCUGGGGUUCUUGGCUUGUUGAUGAACAAUGGUGGAAAAGUUUGCGACGAUGAUUUUAGUACUAACUCGGCAGAUGCUAUUUGUCGUAAAAUGGGAUACCCUGGACAUUUACAAUGGACUAGUGGUGAUAAGUGGACCAUCCAAUCAAGUCUUGAAAUCACGCUGGAUGAUGUUUUAUGCAGCAGUGGGGAAUGGAGUUCAUGUUCAUUCUCUACUACACACAACUGUGGUCACAGCGAAGAUGUGUUCCUUCAAUGUAAUGGAAUCGAAAGAUGCGGUUUAGAGAAUCAGGGAGGCUUUCUGAAGUUCAACUGCCACCCUUAUUCUGGAAAUUUGCAAUCAAAAUGUCGCCACUCUGAUGAAUGGUACAGUAAAGGACAGAAAGGAAGGAUGGGUCCUGAUGGAAAAGUGGUGGUGAAAAAUACACUACAAUUUAAAUGUAUAAACGAUGAAAAAUCAUAUCAAGCUUGUGGAACUUUUAAUUUUGAACAAUUCCAGUCGUUAACAAAUGCUUUGUGUCAGUGGCAAGUUGGUAAUGAUGGAAUAUUAGUUGAUGCAGCGGUUGAAGAUAGGCAACUUGGAAAUAAGACAGAAGUUAUCUUACCAACAGGAAAGGUAGUAAACCAAAACCUCAUAUGCAAUGACAUUUGUGAUGAUAUUAAUAGAGCCGUCGACUGUGAAGAUGAGGCCAAUUGCAACGGCCUAACCUACGGACAAUAUUCUCACGGUGACAACCAAAUUAACUAUACAAACCCUAUCUUCAUCUGCACACCUUUACAUGCUGAAAACUGUAAUUGUAACGUCACAGAAAUGUGUAAUCCACAGAAUUUUGAAGAAAAGGAUCUAUGUCGCCGAAGCACAAUUAGUUCUGACAAACAUAAUCCAAUUUAUGAUAAAUUUCCAGUAUUCAACUUCACAAGGUGCUCACCCACAAAUAUAUGUUUAAAUUACGUAGAUCAAUUUAAUUGCUCGGAUCAUUUGAGGGUUGGAAUGACUUGUAAGAUUCAUGCGUACAUAUCGACUGUAUCUAAAUAUAGGAUGUGUGCAGAUGUACCACACUGUGACGACGGUAUUGAUUCGAUCUGUGAACGAGUUAGUACAUCCUGUUAUGUACAAAAACAUUUUCUUUGCAAUGGUGUAUCAGACUGCAGCGAUGACAGCGAUGAAAGAAUCCCACUGUGUCAAGCAAAAACCAAACAGUCUUGUGUCAGAAGGGGCGGGAAUGGAACGUUUAGUCAACCACUUCCUCUUGCAUGGCUAAGAGACGGCAUAAAGGAUUGCAUCAACGGUGAUGACGAAAAAAACAUUUGGCCGGAAUGUGGAAGCGGUAAAACAAGAAGAUAUGUGACUGCCAAUAGUAUUUGUGAGAACGUUUUUAUGUGCAUUACUGGUGAUCCAGGAUUCAUCGGGUUCGAUGACCUAUGUGACGGUAUUGACACAUGCGGAAAUGAAAAUGAAAUCUGUAAGGAGUCAAGGGGUUCAAUUUCUGUUUCUAAAAAAGUUGUUUCUCACAACCAAGGACUUGAAAAACGCUUGUCCUAUUGUUUCAAAGGACUUGAGCAAGUUUGGAAAUUAACUUAUCCUUGCGGUUCUGAGCAUUUCAUCUUUCCUAAUGAUGACAUUUAUGGAUUGAUGAAAUCGAAAAUAACUUUACCUAAUGUUACAACAAACUGUGAUCAUAUGUUUGGAGAGCAGUAUGUAUACUCCAGCUGCAAUGACAAAUGUAUUAACUCACCAUGCCCACUGAAAAACAUUCCCGGAUACAAUUCCUGUCCUGGCCAAUACCCCGACAGAGUGGCAACUGUAGCUAACAAAGGGAAAUGCAAUGAGUAUGACGAGUAUCUCACACUUGCUGUAAAAUCUGGAGGUGUCAAUGACAGCGUGUUCGUGAAUGAUAUCUUUGUAUGUGACAAUGGCAUCAAGUGUGUUUCCUACUCUCAGGUGUGCGAUCUUGUCGAUGACUGUGGUGACGGGUCGGAUGAAGCACGAUGCACUAAUCACUUCAAGUGUGAAGCCUCUGAACAUUACAUACCCAAAACAAGCAAGUGUGAUGGAAAGUUCGACUGUUUAGAUUUGACGGACGAGUGUAAUGAUGAAUGCUCAAAGGAAAUUCUUGAAGGAAGUGUACUAAAGGGACUUUCGUGGACCAUUGGACUUUUGGCUGUUUUGGCUAAUGUAAGCAUCAUCGUGUACAGCAUCAAAUCUUUUAAGAAGUGCAGAACCACUGUGGCUCAAACGAAUAAAUCGUUGGUAAUCAUGAUAAGUGUCGGUGAUCUUUUGGUUGGAUCGUAUCUUUUGGCGGUUUCUGUGUUCGAUGUAGCGGUGCAUGGUAAGGAUUACUGUAAGAAGCAGACGGCUUGGCUGACAAGCAGUGAAUGCUCUCUUCUCGGAGUUGCAAGCACUAUUGGAUCUCAAUUAUCUCUGUUUGCAAUGACAAUUCUCAGUUUGGUGAGAUUUCAUGGUAUCGUGAGCUCAAUGAGAAUUCCUGGAGAAGUAACGGUUAAGAGUUCUAUUAAAGUUAUUGCUCUGAACGUCUUCAUUCUUGCCUUAUCAGCGGCAAUAGCGGUCUUACCUGUUCUCCAAAAGUACGAAGAUUUCUUUGCGAAUGGAGUACGAUAUGACACUGACUUAAAACUUUUCAUCGGGUUGGUCAGCAAAAAGACUCACUCUGGAGUUUUUGAAAAAUACUUCGGUCGUAUGAACGACAGGUCUUUAAGUUGGGAUACGAUAGACAAGAUGACAUCCGAAAUGUUCUCUCAUGAUCAUGGAGCUAAAGACUUCACAAAGACAGAGUCAAAAGUUGGAUUUUACGGAAACGAUGGAGUAUGCCUCUUCAAAUACUUUAUUCGGAAGACAGACCCACAAAUGGCAUUUGUUUGGAGCAUCCUGGUGAUCAACUUUACCUGCUUCGUGGUGAUAUUAACAUGCUACAUUGUCAUCGGCGUAUUCUCAAACAGAUCGUCCAACAAGGUGACAGCUGGAAGAGUCGACGAGCAGAUUCGUCAAAGAAAUAGGCGGAUGAACCAAAAGAUUGCUAUCAUCAUCACGACGGAUUUUCUCUGCUGGGUGCCAUUCAUCAUAAUUUGCAUGCUUCACUAUACUGAAAUCGUGGAUGCAACUCCUUGGUAUUCAAUCAUAUCCAUGGUGAUUCUUCCCAUCAAUUCGGUUAUCAACCCCCUGCUCUACAAUGAUUUUAUCACGCAAUAUAUGGUGAACAAGUUAUCAGAAGCUAGCAGAAAGAUAUCUCGCCAUGCCUCAGUCUUGUACUCUCGAAUCGGCUCUCCACCUACUGAAAACGUGGAAAUGCAGGAGAUUUAGUAGUAGUAUAGUCGACUAUUUCCAUGAUAUCAUACAUCAUGUAUUUAUUGCAAACUCUUUCUUGUCCUUAAUGUGGUUAGGUCGUUUUUACUUCUGACUUUGAGUUUUAUACACAAUGAAAGACAAUGUAAUAAUGUAUAUGAUUUAGUUAUAAAUAUAUUGAUAAAUAUAUAUUAAAAGAUUAUUACAAAAAUAUGACUGUCAGGGCUUCAGCCUGUCUACCUUCUGAAUUUUGUCGGCGUACAUUUAUAAUUUCUAACGUAUAUUUAACUUUAUAAAGUCUAUGAGCGAUGGAAAUUUAUAAACUUGCUACAUUUCUGUACAAAAUUAUUUAGGCUAAAUUUUCGAGGUAGAUCCCUAUCUUUUUCCCCGUUUUCUUAAAGUGCUAUUUGGGAAACAAUUUCUUAUAGUUAUAGUUCAUAUUUUUUGAAUCUUGGAUUGCUGUGAGAUUUGCUUAGUUUAUUGAUCUCUAAAAACUUUGAUUUUACUGUUAAAAAUUAAACUUAUAAUCUGGCU